GUAGUGUGAGCACGACUUGAGCGACGACUGAACUGAAAUUCAACGUUACAUUAUCGUCGACAACACUCAACACGCAGCGUCAAGAAUAUGCCCACUACACUGCAACCUGGCAGCUACUGAUAUUGACAGGUCUAGCCUAUUCCCAGCCCGACAAAGGCUUCAGAGGCUGGUUAACUGUGCAUCAGCGGGAUCGAGUGACAUGAAAGAGAUGGAGUGCAUAACUUCCUCCUACAAUGAGACAUUUUACAAUGAAAAGCGAACGAGGCGGAAGGCUCGGACAAUGAGUGCUCAACCAGAUAAGAACAGACGAUGGUUGUCUACACCACAAAGAUGUCAUUCAGAGGUGUUCCCUCUGGACAGGCACGCUCGUUGUUUCGACUUUGCUGUUGACCAUUACCAGAGAAGUGAAACAGGGUUCAAUGAUGCAUGCGAUCCAGCGAUGCUGUCUAGUUCCCACAACCCGACAAGUGUCACUGGACUCCACCCGACAUUGAUCAGAUAUCACCAUAAUCAACAGGCUGACAACGGUAAAGUUAUCUAUACAUUAUUGUGGCAAAAAGCCAUUCUCCACGAUCGAUGGGAAUUAGCUGACACGUUCGAUAUUCCUCGAAAUCUCGGCAAUAGUUCGAGCAGCCUAGGGGCAGCUUCAUCGGAACGAGUGUCACAGAUUUCGUGGGGCAUGCAGAGCCUGGGGACAGAUGCCAGCACCACCUCUCCUCCAUCCAAGAGAGCAAGCACUGUGACCAUACCCAGUCCAACACUGAGCAGCCCACUCCACCCAGAGAGGAAACCUUCCUUUGUGGCUUGGGAGAAACCGCAAGUGGAGCAACCUGUACUUGUCGAUGAUAUGGCUACUGAAGCUCAGUGCUCCGAGGAUGUCGAUCUACCGCCACUCGUGGAAACUGCACUGCCAAGCACGUCCCCAAUAGAAGAGCUUAUUGAAGCCCAGGGUAGCAAUUUUACACCUCCACCUACCGACACAACAGGCGCAGGGGACAAUGGAGAUGUUGUAACUUAUGGGCCGGCGCCAAAUCUGAUUACCACCGGCUGUGACGAAGAAACAGUUGUGGCAAAUAAUACGAAUCAAGAGCAGGAACAUGAGGAAAGAGAACAGGAUGAUGUUAGCGAAGACAAAGUGGAGGUCGAGGAAGUGAAGAAGACAAAGGAACCUCUUGAGAAUAAGCAGCGACGGUGGAGAAACAUAAUGCUCCAGAAUCCAUAUUUGAGUCGAUAUGCGGUCCAGACCGAGUCUGUCCCCCUUGCCAGCAAGAACACGGUCGUGAAUUUCGGUGGGGGUGAUGCGUACUCCUGGACUAGUGCUUCAGGCUUCGAACAAUCCAGUCGUUACACUCUUCCACUUGACCUGAAGGAGCUAGAAGAGGUAGCUCCACUGGAUUAUCUCAAGCUACACUGCAAGGUAAAGAUUGUGAAAGAGUCACAUCUGCACAAGUUCUUUCUUAAAAAGAAGAGUAGAGAUGGCUUCAUUCAUGGAAAGCACGUAGAGCAGGCCAUUGCUGAUGUCUACAAGGGCGUGGCGAUGCCUAUUGCAUUAGCACUGCAGUUUGCUGGCUGGCAGGAGAAUGCCGUAUUAGACUCGAGAGCAUUCACCGUGCUCUGUAUAUUGGCAGAGCGGAUCCACACUUGUCUCUCAAGCAAGAGAGGCGUGAGGAACGAUCAGGAUGCAUUGGAGAGCGCUGACUUCGGAGCUCUGAAGUGGAAACUACAGGGACUCGACAUUCCGUCUCCAGUCGCCACCCUGCUGCAUGCGAUCGGAGGAGGAGACUUCUCCCAGCCUCCUACCACUGCCGAGUGAACGCCAGGAGGGUGUCAAGAGGAGGCGUGUGUAACCGACACUACUGAGUGAACCCGGAACACGAACGGAAAGCCGAGAUGUGUGUAAAUCCGCUCUCGGCGCGUGUAAUGCAAGCCGCGUAUCGUCACUGCGUGUCAUAAUCAGCGCUGGAAGCUGUAUAGUAACGGGUCGAAGGGGGUGGCACGGUGGUCAAUCACCAGACAGUCGACGCCCUAACUGCUGUCGGGCUGAAAGCGUGAAAUCCCCACACGUGGGCUCAAGGCGCGGGCGAUCUCACGCGCGGCUGAGCGUUCUCUCGAUGUUAAGUGCAGAAAUAGCCAGGGGAGAGCUGCCGAUGACGUCACGCUGACACCCCCCCCCCGAGGUGGUGACGUCACGCCGACCUUGGCUAAUCAAUACACAUUAGGCUGCGUGGAGCGCUCGGGCACAAACAGCACGUGCAAACAAUUCCGGUGUCGUGUCAUUACGAGUGCGUCUUUGUGAGCCAACGCGUGUGCGGUCAGAGUAUGUGCGACAGCCAGGCCCAGAGGGCGGGUGUAAGGGGAAAUGCAUGCGUGCAGCGGUGAGUGAGUGAGAAAGCCCGUUGGGCAAGGGCUGCAUACACUGUCACAGCGGUGAACGUGACCAGCAUACACAUGCGCGCGCGCUGUAUUUUGCUGUGUUCUCUUGAAUCGAUGCGAGUUAUUGAUCAUUAGGAAUAGCAGCUGAGAGCAAGCUCAGCUGCAUUCUGGCCUGUUGGGUCAGGUUAGUGUGUUGAAGCUUCCGUAUGGCUUCACAUGUUUAGUAGCGGGUGUAGUUGGUGCCAAGAAUAAUAUUUCCCACGUACAUUUUCUACAGGUGUAUCAUAAUCUAUAUACACAUAUGUAUUAUCAAUCAUUCUAGAGAUGAUCUGAGAAGACUCGAAUUUUUUGUAUAGCAAAUUUCUUUGGCUUUAUACUGCGAAGUAUACAUUUCAGGCACUUUUAGCAGACACUAUAUCAACAUAUCUGUAUGUUUAGCGCGUAUAAAACGUUAAUGUUAUUCCAAGUGUAGUGGAAAACUGGUUACAUGUAAGCGUAGCAUAUCAAAUUACUAUGUUAUAUAUCAUCGAAACUUAAAUCGACUAUUUUGAUGACGUCUAUAGCUUGUGUAAACAUUCAUAUUGUCGUAGUUACCAUGUUCUCUUUACUCAUAUUAAUAUAUUUACAUAUAAA